CGUUGACAAAUAAUGAUAAUUAGAUAAUAAAAUAUAAGAAUACGUUUACCUAUUAUGCGAUUUUGUUGCAUAUUCAUGAUUGCAUAUUCUCUAAUGCGUAAGAUCAACAGAUACAGUAGAUAAAGUUUGACCUCUCCAGGCAGCAUGGUAUACUGUUCAUGUGAAGAGUGUGGGGGUGUGGUUACUCAUUCUAUAAAAACGUAUGUUCUGAACGAUCUCGAUAAACAAUGGAAAUUUUUACAAAAAAGUAUUUACAUUUCGAAGAAAAAAUAUUACAAAGUCUGAAAAAUAAUGGCAUUGAAUAUCGGGCAAAAGCGAAUGGUGGAUUAUGGCUUGGAACCUUAGUAGGUUUAAGUGCAAUAUUAACUAUAUUAAAAGAAGAUAAUAGCUAUUCUGAAAUUUGCCUCAUUGUAGGCGUUACAGGCAUUGGUCUUGUUAUUAGUUCUAUAUGUCUGUAUACAAAAUUAUCAACAAAAAAAGUUACAGUUAAAGAUUUUCAAGCUAUAUAUUUUUUACCAGCUAUAAUAACAUCAAUGUUAUAUCUUCUUAUAGCAAAUAAAGGAUUACUGGUGAGCGUGAUAUGGGGCUUAAGUGUAGGAAGUUUAGGUACAUGGGGUGUUCUCCAAUUGAUGUCCAAAUUUCCUCAUUGUUUUACAAUUGGGGAAGCAACAGCAACUAUGCAUGGUUGCAUAUUAUUUUUAAUGUCUGUUGUAACAAACUUGCCAUUAAGAUAUCAUCUACCUCCUAUUCAUGAUGAUGAUAUUGCAACAGUUAUAUUACAGGUUGCAUUGUUGUAUGUCAUAUCAAUCUGUUUGAUAUCUAGUUAUUUCUCAAUGUUUCGAUCUACUAGAAACUUUUAUAUAAUGACAUUCACUCUUUUACUACUUGUAAUUUUGCCAUUAAUGUAUAUCAUACUGGAUCAAAAUCCUAUAGUAUGGACACUCUAUUUUAUUUUUAAUAAAAAGAGCAAGAUUAUUUUACUUGGAUAUUGGGCUAUAUGUUUACUGCUAGGUGUAGUAGUAGUUGCAUAUCAGAUAUUGUUAAAUCAUCAAGCAACAACUUCAAUUAGAAAAAUGUUUCAUUUAUUAGCUGUACUUGUAUAUGUACCUGGUUUAAUUUAUGAACCACUGUUUCUGUAUUUUGCUAGUGGCAUUGUAAUGGGAUUAUUCGUAUUUCUUGAGUUAUUAAGAUAUUUACGAAUACUGCCUCUUGGAGACAUAUUACAACAAGGAUUUUCUGUGUUUGCUGAUGAAAAAGAUCAUCUGAUUUCUUUAACACCUUUAUAUUUACUCAGUGGUUUAUCUUUUCCACUUUGGAUGCCUACCAAUAAUCUUCCUUUAAUAGUAUUACUCAGUGGUAUUUUGACAGUUGGAGUGGGUGAUACUGCUGCUAGUUUUGUUGGUAGCAAAUGGGGCUCUCAUAAAUGGAGCAAUUCAGAUAAAUCUGUUGAAGGAACAGUUGCUUGCAUUCUUAGUCAGAUUGGAUUAAUAUGUUUAUUAACAUUUGCGGGUCUCACAGAUAAUGGUUUAUUAUUUUUAAGAAGCUUGUGGUCAAGUGUAAUUCUAUCAUUUGUUGAAGCACAAACAAAUCAAGUUGACAAUUUAGCAUUACCUUUGUUAAUGUAUGUGUGUCUAAUGGUUUAGGUGUAUAAUAAGUACAAAUGACGAGACAGACAAUAAAUAGUAAUUAUUUUCAGAACAAUAGGAAUAUAUUACGAUUUUGGUUGUUUAAUGUUAUAUUAAAUCAAAAGCGUAAUAUUCUUCUAUUAGAUUCACAUCUUUAUAUGCUUCUGUAUAUUUAAAAGAUUAAUAUGUAUUUUGUUGUAUGUACAUACUAUGCCUUUCUCAAAGUGUUGUAACAAAUUAGUUUUUUAUGAACAAUUUAGUUACUAGUCAAAGUUGGAAAACUAUUGGCUCUUUUUGUUACUCUUAUUAUAUUUAAAAAUGUUAUGUUCCAAAUGGAAAAGUUAUUGUUCUCAAACAUUACUUUGUUAAAUGUUAAAUGUACAUGAAUAUUAAGGUGAACUUAUUUAUACAAGUUUAUUUAAAUAACAGGAUCUAUUGUGAAAUAUUAAUAAUCUCAACUUAUAGAUGUACACAUAAGUGUCUUGAAAAGUGUGAAUAUUUAUACUGUCAAUUCAUGUAACUCAAUAUUCUGUAAUGCCCAAUUUACUCAUUCCUAUAAACGCAUUUUUGUAUUUCAUUCGAAGAAAUUUGUGAAUGAAAUUUACUUUUAUUAAUAAAGUAUUUUUGUAAUUGUG